AUGUGUCCUCACGCUGCGAUUCAGACAAACGACAUUACAGGUUGGUCGUUGAACGUUUACUUGAUUGUGUGUGAAGUACAGGUACAUCGAAUUACAACAUUGAACACCAUAGCACUGGGCUAUAGAUGUAGUCCCAAUCCUACAAGUGCAUUUAAACUGUUUGCCCUUGAAACGUUGUUUUGAAUGAAGUAUACGUACUUUUGACUUCUUACUUACUCAUAGGUAGAAAAGCUCUUUGUCAGGUGUAAAACUUAAAUGUAAUAUUUGUUGCCUGUAGUUCCUGUUGAACUUGGAGUGGACGUUCUUAGAAGUGAACCAAGAGUUCGAUUUUUGACCAUAGAUCUUGGUUCAGUUUACAAAAUUGCAAACGCAGAUCCAGUCUACUGGCUUGUAAAGGCAGACGUCGUGCAAAGAAAUAACCGGCAACUGAUAAUCUCUGUGGAUUUUACAUCAGGCUUAGCUGGAUCUGUAACCUCAGUUAGGGUUACUACCAAAGCAAACAGCAAAACGAAAAGGAAAGGAGUUUGUAAUUUAUUCGAGAUGUCAAAAAUGUGUGUGUGUACAAAGCAGGAUUCAUGAGACUCCGGCACUGUGUCAAGGUGUCAAUACCUUUGUAAAUGUCAUGUAAAGUUCCUAGUAGGUUAGAGAAGUGAAUUUGAUACGAAAGAGUGCAUUUGAUGCUUUGCUUGCACACGGUUGUGACACUUUGUUGUAAGAUUAAUUAUGCUCAGUUUGGGAUAAUUUUCAAUGAUGACCUAGCUGUAUGAGGCCAUAGUUACUGCAUAUGUCGAAGUUCAAGAGAAUUGAACUGAAUUGAACUCUCCACAAAUGAUGCUAGACAAAAAACAUGCAUUGCUCAUUUUCAACGAACUGGUCCAAGGUGACACGAUAUAUUUUUUCCUUUAUCCAAAUUGUCCUUUUAAUUAGACAGGCAUUGUUACAGAAUAAGAGCCAAAGAGCAGAAGAGCAUUAUCUAUGUAUCUAAACAGAACUGAUCUUCGUCUAAAAAUCUCAUUAAAUGACACGAGUUUUUCAUUGGAUUUGGGAGACUGAUUAUCAGCACCACCUUUGGGCAAAGUUUCUCUGGUUCUAGGUGUCCCUGUGAUCUCGUGCAAACACAAUAUUGCCUGAGAACCAGUGAGUGGAUCAGAGUUGCAGGUACUAUGGUGAAGAGACAGUUUUGUUAUGUUCCUGGUAGAUAAAGUGAGUUGUUUUUUAGGCUGAAAGCGUUGAAAGUAAAUUCGAGUGUUUCCUGAAAGCCGUUAUAGACCUCUCUAGCUUGUAGGUUUUGUUUUCCCAACAAAGGUCCCAGGGAAACCUGACCCUUUGACUUUUUAUAAAGUAUGCGUAGAUAUGCUCCUGAAUACGUCGAAAUUUGUAAGAAACAGUUCUCCAGAGUAUUAUCACAUGACCUGUAUUGGGAAAACAAAACAUACAGAGAGAGGUCUAUUGAUUAAACAUUUCAAUUAAUUUGGAAGCGUAAAUGACAGUACCAAACCAGAAAGACUGGUUAAGUAAUGUUACCAGAAGGUUUUUCAACUGUUCUGGUUAAGUAAAUGUCUCUAUAUAUUUUAGUGCACGCUUUCCUGUUUUUGUACAACAGGCAAAUAAGUUUUUUUAAACACUUUAUCUAUCUUUCAUGUCUGUUUAACUUUUAUAGCGGAGCUCCUCGCGCGCGCGAAGCGCGCGCAGAGCGGAGCACCAUGAGUAAGAAAAUUUGGUAAACUAUCCAUCUGAGAAAAUUUGGUUAUGACGUAGCGUACACCCGCCCGCCCACCCGUACACACGUUUCAUGUAAGCCGAUGUCAACUGUCACAAAGGAUCUUGCACAACUUGACUAGCCUCUUAGUUAUGUAAGCCCUCCGUAUGAGUACGAUUAGAUUGACAGCUGUCAAAAUUAGGCAUCCGCUGACAAUUAUCACAUGACUAUCUCGCGGGCUCAGAUGAAAGACCCGUCGACGGUUUUGCCCCUACAUAUAAGCAUAAUAUGUCACACUUACCAAUUCAACAUAAAAGCCAAACUACGCCGGGCAAGGCUGUCAGUUGGCUGACAGUCGUUUAAAGAUAUAUUGGCAAGCCAAAUUAAGGUCAAUUGACAGCUGUCAAAAUGGGACAUGUGCAGACCACUAGUAGAAAACUAAUAACGUGGGCUCAGGUACGCGAUCUGGCAUUUUCCACUACAUGCCGGACGGAUAUGUCUUACUCACACUCGUAGUCUGUUAAUUCGAAUAUUCGCCAUUCUAAUGAAGGUUAAUUGACAGCUGUCAAACUAGAGUAUACGCUGACCAUCAUCACCUGAGUGUAUCGCGGGCUCAUUAGUCUAUCCAUUGAGGUCACGUAGUGUUUAAAGUUUUGCGCUGAUAUUUUAUUUGAUUACGGGCUCAAUUCGAAGUCCCAUAGCUUAGAAAAUCGAUCCAUCUUAGAAAAUUCGGCAAUCACGUGACCGUUCACCGACCACCCGACCUUCCGUCCGUCCGCACCAGAGGUAUACCAAUGUUUAAUCUCGCACUUUCUAGCUAGUUUGGGAGCCUGCAACCUGAUAUUGUACAUCCAUAUUUUGAUUAAUUGACAGCUGUCAAAAUAAUGUUUCUGCUGACCAGUAUCGCCUGACCCUAUCGCGGGCUCAGGUAUCGACCCACUGAGUUCGAGUGUUUUUUUAACCUAUCCGCUGACAGGUUGCUACUUUUCAAUUAUCGCAGGCUCAAGUUCAAUUUUUUUUAAAAAGUAUAUGAAAUAAGUCGAGUUCAUGAGCCGCACUUUUAAAAUGUUGAUUUCGAACUGACCUCGGACGCGAAAAUUCAACCGGCUUUUACAUUUACAUGCGGGGAAGGCAAUCACUUUUGACUUUCUCACUGUCACGCGUUGAUCACGCUCUACGUCCAAUUUUUAUGUUCUGAUUGGUCAAAAUUUGACAGGUGAGUUCAUGCAGAAAAUUUAUGCAGCGUCUGGAAACUUGGUUACUGAUAGCUGGAGCUGACAGAGUUUUGUGUCAUCUUGUGAUGUUUUAAACUGGCUUUUUCUACUUGGUGUACAAAAUGAAACACAGCUGCUAUCAAGAUUGUUCUGUAAUUCAUGGCUGGUUUGUUUAUUGCGCUUUUUGUUGACAAAUGCACCGCUUGUCAAAGUCAUUGGAAAUCCGAUUUCGGAUGGCAUCGUUUUCAAAAAUGAGCUUACUCACUUGCCCUUACUUGAGGCGUAAGAGGGUUGAAAAUUCUGGAACACUUGAUGACCUUCAGAAGCAGCAUCUCGACUGGUAAGCCUGAGAAAUUGUUGUCUUUGAUGUGUUUUUUUUUUCGGUUUCCUGAAGUCGAGCGUAUGGUUUAUGCGGCUUAAGUUUAUAUACGAGCAAUGAUCUAACCUACAAUAGUAUCAGGUUUAAAAAGCCUUUAGACAUUUUUUGACCGCAAAUUCAAAGAAAAUGUUCCGAAGAUUAUUUACUUAUGAUUUUGGCUGUAAACAGAAAGCUCUGAACGAUUUUCUUGCCUCGAGUUCAUCUUGAAAAAGAGCAAACACCGGGAAGCCGGCUUAAAACAUAAAUAAGCUUAUGCUUACCUGACUCAUGAUUUUCAAAGACACUUUACUCUCAAUACUUCUCUUCGUGAAUGAAAAUUAUUGUCUCUGUACAUGUUUCACCGAAUUAUAUUUAUUUUAUUGAUUGUUAGUAGUCCCUGUCGCAAUUUUUAUCGCUGCACCGGUUGUAUCCAGUCGAACAUAAACAUCUCAUGCAGGAAUACUCAAAACGCCGCACGUAAAUAUCACUCGCUUUUAAAGAUUACACAUAACAAAACCGUACGCAGUUUAAUAAGUAAAGGGAAAUAAAACCUAAACAUACAAUUUAUCUAUCAUGUUGAAGCGUAAAUGGUAACUGUAUUAAUCGCACUGCAAAUUUGGUGCCUGUCAAAAGUGAGUCCUGUCCGGCUGGCCGAAAAGUCAUUUUGGGAAUUUUUUAAUCGUUUUCAUUAAAAGCCCUUAUUACCCUGUAUAUCACAUAGGACCAGAUUUUUCUAACUGAAAGUCCUGGCAUUAUAGAAUUCUCUUCAUGAAAACGUUUUAUAAUUCAAUGCUAUAAUUUAUUUGUGCAAAGGAAGCGCGUGCUUUGAUCGUCGUGGAUAUUGAAUGAGUGCAAAUUCUCUUGCAAAAUUGUGAAAAACUGCAGAAUUAUAGGUUUAAAUAGGGCAGAAAAGAACAAAUUCUGUUCGAGGUCUGUAUGAUAAAAACAAGGGCCUCAUAGUACUUUUUACCUGAGACGUGAUGAGAAAACGUAUGUUUAAAAGGCUGGUUUACUCGCCACCAGAUUCGUCGCCAAGAUUUACUACAGUAGUAAACUAAACUUGUCGAACACAAAAAAAUCCGGCCUGAUUUUUUAUUUUGGCCUCUCUUUUAGACAGAGGAGUGUUGCUUAAAAUUAUAUUUCGGGGUUGUCCAAUUAUCCAUAGUCUCUCAAACGGAGCAAUAUUGGAGAGAGUGGUGAAUGCCACAUUAUGAUGCAACAGCUAAUGCACAUACAAUACACGAAUAGGUAGGUCUAUUUGUUUUCCAGGCCUAAUCUACUGUGAUCGAACAUGAUUGCUAUUUUUGGGUGUACAAAUAAGACUAUUUAAUAACUCGAUGUAAACGCUGUUUCAAUCUUGGACUGUCAAAUUAUUUUUCUCUAAAAUCACUUAGCCUUUGCCUCAAACGUCAAAUGAAUGUGCCCUGAUCUGUGGAUUACAAGUUUAUUGUUUGAUUUAAAUUAUGAAUUUAUUAACGGGAGCUUCGCUUUUAGCCCUGGCUAAAUCUAUAUAUAUUAUGUCGAAAUGCUUUCCACCUGUCAAAUUUAUGAAUGGCAGAAAGGGAGCGAUGAUAUAAGUAUCUAAUUAUUUUUUGCUUUGAACACAAAGUAAAGGCGCUGAAAUAAGGUGCUUUGUAAUCAUGAAAAGAGAAAAAAACGAGCGUGGAGCCAACGGUUACAACAACGGGAACAACGAAAAGGCCUUUUCUGUUCCGUUGUCUACGCCUUCUUUUUCUAAUACUGACACUAAUUCAUCAGUUAUAUGGCGCUUUAUACAGGGCUCUAGGUAAAGCACUUAGCAAGAAAUAUCAAAACUUUAAAAUAAUGAAAGAAACGUCAAAUUUGUUAGAAAUCGAAAAGUCAGGUGACAAUAUAGUUGAAAGUUAAACAAGUGCUUUACAGGAAAUGAUAUAAAGGAUUUCUUCCUUAGGGUCAGUCGCUGGCUCCUGUACGGUGCAACUCGACUGUUUCAGGAGUGCUGUUUCACAGGGUAAAGGCAUCUGAUGGCUUCGCAGUUGCUGAAUGAAUACUGUACAGAACAUAAGGUUCUUCCAAGCAGUGAAUAUUCAUUUCAAAAAGGUAAGUCAGGACUUCAGUGCAUUCAGACUCCUGGUCAAAAACAUAUGCCAAAAUAUUUGUGAUUAACAAUUUCCCUUGAAAAUUAAGGGUAUAGCACAACAGGCUCUAAAGGUAACUAUGCUGGGUUUGAGGUCAAUACCGUCCUGACGUCCUGUUGCAUUAAGACGAGUAAAACAUUGGAUAUUCAGAACACAGGAUUCGCUUUAUCUUGCCAGCUCGCAGAUUCAGUCACGCAGGGGAAAAAAAUUGAACCCGGUUUCGCGGUAAUCGCCUUUGUAAACAUUGAAGGCUGACAAAAAUCGUAAACGGUUUCGACGGUCUUUUGAAGGGCCUCGUUCCACCAACUGAGUAUUAUGUCUCUCUUCAGAAUAUCCAUUUGACGAUUCCGUUUUGAGUAAAGUGUUUAAAGACCUGAUGAAUGGGAAAGAUUCUGCAUCACACACCUGUCUUACUGAGAGACCUUGUAAACAAAUAAGUGUUGGAUCCGCUUUACCUGCUGAUGAAAGAUUCUUCCUCCAACCGACCACUGUUGUUCAUCAAUACUUGGUAAUUAUUAAACAUUGUUACUACUUCUAGAAUAGUUAAUUUGGUCCAGUUAGACUGAUAAGAUUAUUGAAUUCUUUUAUCGGCGCCUUUCAAUUUCCCUCGCAAACGUAAGGGCAAAAGAGUGAACCCUUUACCAGGAAAUGUGAGAGAAUGGCGCCUGUUAAAAUUACAUUAUUGAACGUAUGGUUUUUCUUAUCAAAGCUAAUCCAAAUCGUCCUUGCCUGGACAGAUUGUCACAGGUGAUCGGGUGGGGGUACUUCCUUAUAUGGCCUAUACGGGAAUGUGCCGCUGGACAGGGUAUGGUUUUCGUCCUCCUGUCCUAAACAGGGUAUAUAAUUUCCCACGAGUCUGUCCUAAACAGGGUAUACAAUUUCGCGCGUCUGUCCUAAACAGUGUGCAUGAUUUGUGCGAGUCUGUUCUAAUUAUAAGCAGGGCAUAAACAGGGUACUAAAAUUGAGCGUAUUGUCCUAAACAAGGUAUUUAUUUUAGGAAUUUUUUGUCCUAAACAGGGUCAAGGUUUCAAACCCUCAGUGGCUUACCUAUACCCAAAUAUUGGUCGAGUACCACCCCCCCGGGCAAGUGAUAUACUACGGAGGUAGUCUCGGCACGGGUAAACGAGGCACGGUGCCACGGUGUUGAAGUGCCGAUUUUGUUAGCGCGUGUAAAUGGGGUUUUAAAGGCAAGCCACCUUCUUUUACUACCCUUGAUAUUUUUGAAAUAAAUUUUACUGUUGAAAUUGUGUUUGUGGCAGGAGGAAACAUGUUACAGUUGUGAUGGAAGGGUUCACCGUGCUGUUGAGCAGCCCAAGCCCCUUGCCUUGUUGAAGUUGAUCCGUACUCAAUCUAAGCAGUGGCCCUCAUCGCCGGAAAGCAAAUGGAAACUGGUCCCGCUGAAGAGGAUUUUUCCUGGGCUUGUGGCGAUUGUUUCUUCGAACGUCGCAAAAAAUUUGCCAUUAAAGACUACUUAA